UAAAUCCAGGCGCAGUUUCGGUGGGAGGGUUUCGAGUCCCGCGAAAAGUCACGCCUGGUGUCUACAGUCGCGAAUGAUUACAAUCCAAUUCCCUGCAGCUGUAUCGACAGUGCGUCUGGGUGGUGGGGGGGUGGGUGAGAGCUGGCAGAAUCUGCAUCGCAUACACACACACCCGCAAGGCACAAUCUGAAGCAUCCGACACACACCGAAUUACGAAUAAGAGAGGCUGACAAUGAAAUCUAACGACUGUAACUCAGAAAGUAUUGGUAACAUCAGCAAGCUACAGCCUGUAGUUAAUGGAGAAAAAACCUACCAGUUGGAUCAAUGGGAGCAAACAUCAACACCCACUUCGCAGAGUCCCAGCCCAAAUCCAAAUCAGAGUGGAACUGACAGUACUGCAGAUUCUGAUAUGGAGAUUAUAUCCAGUGACUUCAAACAAAGACGAAAACAUGCAGAUGGAAGAUCGAAGGGCAAACUGAGAUGUCAAGGUGACUGUGAAGAGGCAAAACGACGAGGAGUAUCAGGUUGGGAAAGCAGUCUCAGACAAAGGCCAGCGCCACGUAUAAUUUUCCAGGCAGGAAUUUCCUUUCGCCACAAAAAAAAGAAAGAAGAUAAUAAUAUGAAACCAAAAAAGGACAUGAACAGUUCAUUGCUCCAGAAAACCAGGAAAACUCCCUCUGAUGUUUUUAUAACAGAAAAUCCCGUCAUUGACCUCACUACAGAAUCUUUGGAGAGUAAUAAGAUGCCUUCAAAUCAGGCAGAAGACUUUGUUUGUGAAAACAGUAUCGUAAAGACUACAGAAGAAGUCCCUCAGUACCAGGAUGGUAAAGGUUAUGGUAUUGGGGAGCUGGUUUGGGGGAAGAUCAAAGGAUUCUCAUGGUGGCCAGCCAUUGUAGUUUCCUGGCGUACACCUGGAAGAAGGCAAGCUGCAACAGGAAUGAGGUGGCUUCAGUGGUUUGGAGAUGGCAAGUUCUCAGAGGUUUCUGCCGACAAACUUGUGCCUUUAACUGCUAUUGGUCAAUACUUUCACACUUCUGCGUUUAACAAGCUGGUGUCUUACAAAAGGGCUGUGUUCCAGGCUCUGGAGAUCGCUAGUAGUAGAUCUGGAAUGCCAUUCCCUUCCAACGACCGGGGCACGUUGGAGGAACAAAUUAAGCCAAUGCUUGACUGGGCAUUUGGUGGUUUCCAACCAAAGGGUUAUGAAGGAAUUAAGCCCAAACAAAACACAGAAAAUGACAUCACAGGUGAAAACCGUGUUGAGGUCUAUGUACCUGAAUAUUAUCCUCCUACAAAAAAACAGAAAACAAGCUUUUACAAAAGCAAGGAAGGAACUGAAGAGGAACACCGGGGGAGAGAAAAGAUUUUCUUUCAAGUUACAUCAAACAAUAAAAGCAUAGAAGAAUUCUGUCUUGCCUGUGGAAGCAUAAGAGUCAGCACUUUCCAUCCACUAUUUGAAGGUGGUCUGUGUCCUAUUUGCAAGGAUAUCUACCUGGAGACAUCAUAUAUGUAUGACGAUGACGGCUACCAAUCAUACUGUACUGUGUGCUGUGGUGGGCGAGAAGUGUUGCUGUGUGGGAAUGCAAACUGCUGCAGAUGCUUCUGUGUGGACUGCAUAGAUAUCCUCGUGGGGCCAGGUGCAUCUGAAGAAGCCAAGGUACAAGACCCUUGGAGAUGUUACAUGUGUCUUCCAAAUGAAAGUUAUGGAGUACUGAGAAGGCGCAGAGACUGGACCAUAAAACUCCAAGAGUUUUUUGCCAGUGAUAAUGGUCAAGAGUAUGACCCACCUAAAAUUUACCCAGCAGUACCAGCUGAACAUAGAAGGCCAAUCAAAGUUCUGUCACUCUUUGAUGGGAUAGCAACAGGCUAUUUAGUUUUAAGGGACCUGGGAUUUAAAGUAGAGAGAUAUGUUGCCUCUGAAAUAUGUGAAGACUCGAUUGCAGUAGGAACUGUCCGGCAUGAAGGAAAAAUCACGUACGUGCAUGACGUCAGGAACAUCAGCAGGCAAAACAUUCAGGAGUGGGGCCCGUUUGAUUUGGUGAUUGGAGGAAGCCCUUGCAAUGAUCUUUCUAUUGUAAACCCUGCAAGAAAGGGUUUAUAUGAGGGCACAGGAAGACUCUUCUUUGAAUUCUACCGGCUACUUCAUGACACCAAACCGAAGGAGUGGGAAGACAGGCCUUUCUUUUGGUUAUUUGAAAAUGUUGUUGCCAUGGGAGUCAAUGAUAAAAGGGAUAUUUCACGUUUCUUGGAGUGUAACCCAGUUAUGAUUGAUGCAAUAGACGUAUCGGCAGCACACAGAGCUCGCUAUUUUUGGGGAAACUUACCGGGAAUGAACAGGCCCCUGGUUGCUUCUUCAGCAGAUAAACUGGAACUCCAGGACUGCCUUGAGCAUGGUAGGAUAGCAAAGUUUAGCAAAGUUAGGACCAUAACGACCAGGUCGAACUCCAUCAAGCAGGGCAAGGAUCAGCAUUUCCCAGUUAUCAUGAAUGGGAAGGAGGAUAUUCUGUGGUGCACAGAACUGGAGAGGAUCUUUGGCUUCCCAGUACAUUACACAGAUGUGUCCAACAUGGGACGAGGAGCCCGACAAAAACUUCUUGGAAGGUCAUGGAGUGUGCCUGUCAUUCGCCACCUAUUUGCACCACUGAAGGAUUACUUUGCCUGUGAAUGAUACAGUAUGAUGCCUUUCAGGAAUAUAAUGGUGCUUUUACAAAGAAUGAUCAGUCGUAAAACAAAUUCAGACUAGUUUUAACAUAUUAGUAUACUGUGAUACAAGAAAUUUGAAAGGCAUUAUUGUGAAGGUUGCAUGCUGUACAUUUAUGAUACUGUGGCCAUUAUUCACAGUCACAACUCAGGACAGAGUAGGUACCAAACGCACCUACCAUAGUUGUUUUAGCUUUUGUAAUCUCAUCUUUUAUACAAAGAAAAGACAAUUGUUACUUUUAG